AAGGAUGUUGUUAGUAGAGACUUUUUACCAAGGUUUAUUAUAGAAAUAUGGAAAAUUGAACAUGCAAUAUUCCAGCAAGAAUCAGUAUCACCUGAACCAACUAAAAAUAAUAUACCACACAAUUGUUCUUACUAUUCAGAAACCUUAACUAGCAUAUAUGAUAUGAUGAAACAUAUUAAGAGAAACUCCAAAUUCGAACUAGAUUUAUUGAAACAGGAGAAUGCUAGACUUAUGGCUAAAAUCAAAGAAUUGGAACAGAUCGCAAAAGAAAAAGAUGAACUUGAGGUUAGAAUUGCAGAAUUAGAACAGAUUACAAAGUUAAGUCAAACAGAAAAUGCUAAGCUUAAGGUUGAAAUUGCAGAAUUAAACCAAUCUGUUAAGAAUAUCAAGAAGCAAAAUCGAACA